CGCAGCGUACGCAUGCGCGGUUACCUCGCGAUUGCGCGCCAAACUUACGUUCGGAAAUCGUAAUUUUCUUUUUGUCCUUUAACAAUUAAAAAAUAUUACUAUCAUAGUAAAAUAUUUUUUUAAGGUUUUGUAAUUUAAAUUGUCUAAGCCUGUGGUGUUUUUAUUUUAUUUUGGAGGGGAGAAAAAUAACUGAAAAAUGAAAUAUAAGGUCAAGGACAUCGACACAGAGAGCCAGCGCUCAGUGAAAAUCCCAGACAGCAAGCUCGAGGAAAAAUUAGAGCGCACGGUACGAUGCUCCUCCGUGCUCAUCAUCGCGCUGGGUCUGUCCCUGGUCGCCCUCGCAGUCUACACCACCGUGCUCGUGCUCACCGAGUACAGAAGCCCCCGGCCAUGCAUCAGCGAAGAUUGCGUCGGAACCGCUUCAAGAAUUCUCGACGCGUUGAACAAAGAUGUGGAUCCGUGUACGGACUUCUACGAAUUCGCCUGCGGAGGAUGGAUCAAGAAGAAUCCAGUGCCAGACUGGGCGACAUCCUGGGACCAGCUCGCUAAGCUGAGGGAAAGACUCGUCACCGACUUGAAGGAGCUGCUCGAAGCUAGAGAUGACGAGGAAAUGCCCUCAAGUGUGCUGAAGGCUAAAGCGUUGUAUAGGACUUGCGUUAAUACUGACAAACUAGAAGAAGAAGGCAUCAAGCCAAUCCAGAGGCUGCUGCAGACCCUGGGUCUGCCGCCGCGUCCUCCGUCGGAAGUAAGCACCAACUUCACCUGGGAAGAGACCGCUGCGAGAGGGAGACGGAUGCUUGGACUGAACGUGCUGCUAGGAGUUCAAGUGGCUGAGGAUGUUAGGAAUACCAGCCGGAAUCGAGUUGUGAUCGAGCAAGUAUCCCCAGGCUUCAGCGAGCGCUACUUGCUCCAACCUGAUCAGUUUGCGCACGAGUUGGACCAGUACCACCGCUACAUCAAGGCGAUGAUCACCAUAGCUGACCCCGAGACCGACGCCGUCAGCUUCGCUGAUGACAUCAUCAGCAUCAGCAAAAGUCUUGCUAAGAUAAUGACGCCGAUAGAAGUGCGGAGAAGCGGUACCCACUUGUUCCAUGAAGUCAGUGUAUCGCAGCUGGUGUCUGGGUCUGGUGGUGGGCCUGCGCAGUGGAAAGAGCAUGACUGGGAAGGUUUCAUAAAGACCGUGUUCUCUAACACGAACGUUUCUCUUCAUCCCCAUUUGGACCGAGUCAUUGUUAUGGACCUGCCUUACUUGCAAAAGCUGUCGAUUUUGCUUUCUGAGACGCAACCUGUGGUUAUUGAGCGUUUCCUCUGGUGGAGCGUUUUCUCCACGGUGGCACCAAUGACGCUCAACGCCUUCAGAGACCUGGGCUUUGAGUUCUCCCGAGCAGUGUUUGGUCUUCAACAACGUACUCCGAGAUGGAAGAGUUGUACUGCCAAUGUGAACGCUAACUUCGGCGUGGCUUUAAGCUAUCUGUACGUGAAGAGGCACUUCGAUCAGACAUCUAGGAAGAAGGCGAUAGAGAUGGUGGAAGACGUCCGGGAGGCGUUCGCGGCGGCUGUGCACCAACUGGACUGGAUGGACACGACGACCAGGUUGAAGACCCUAAGCAAACUGAAGGCCAUCAGGAACUUUGUCGGGUUCCCCGCGUGGCUGCUCACCUCCGAACAACUUGAUAAACAUUAUAAACAUGCCGAAGUGGUGGAGGGCAAUCUAUUCGAAACGUACCUGAAGCUGACUUACGCUGCGGUGAAGAAAUCCUUCGAAUCGCUCAGGGAGAAACCAGACAGAAACAGAUGGGUGGCAACUGCAACGACCGUCAACGCUUUCUAUUCGGCCACUUUGAAUUCAGUCACAUUUCCGGCCGGUAUACUUCAACCACCGUUCUACGGAAAUGGAAUUGAAGCUAUCAACUAUGGAUCUAUCGGUGCCAUAAUCGGACAUGAAGUCACACACGGAUUUGAUGACCAAGGUCGUCGCUACGAUGAGGAAGGCAACCUGAAGCAGUGGUGGUCGGCGGCCACGCUGGAGCACUACCACGGGAAGGUGCAGUGCAUCAUCGACCAGUACAGCAAGUACCACAUGCCACAGUUGCCCAAUUACACGGUCCACGGCUUCAACACGCAAGGCGAGAACAUCGCAGACAAUGGCGGGCUCCGGGCCGCACUCAACGCGUAUUCACUGUUCACACAGCGCCACCCCACGGCCAAACGCGACACUCUUCCCGGCUUACCACAGUACAAACCGGAACAACUUUUCUUCUUGGGUUUUGCCCAGAUAUGGUGUGGCAACUCUACAAUAGGAGCUCUCAAGUCCAAAAUGGUGGAAGGUGUCCACAGUCCAAACAAAAUCCGAGUCAUCGGCACACUCAGCAAUUCAAAGGAGUUUGCUGAUGCUUGGCAGUGUCCUAGAGGGACACCGAUGAACCCAGAACACAAGUGUAUACUGUGGUGAUAAUAGUUAAGAAAGCUGUGAUGUUAGAUAUAAGUGAACCAAAGACAUUUAUACAUACUAGGUUACCCAAUGUUACCAUCCUAGAUGUAAGGUACAAUUAUAUUUUAUAUGAGAAAAGAGAUGCAUAUGUGCCUCGUAAUGUCUCUUGUAACCGGUGAACAAUAGUACAAUUUUGUACAAAGUUUUUGUAAAGGAUAAAGGGUUAACUGAGUGCCAGUUUGAGAACAAAUUAAGUUAGUAUAAGAAAAGGUGUGUAGCAAAAGAGUUAUAAUGAAACGAAUAUUAAGGCUUAAAGGCGUUUAUGCAUCUCUAAAUCUGAGAACAAAAUGAAAAAAAAAAAAACUAUUUAUUACAAAAAUAAAAUAUACAAAUUUA